CGUUCUCAGACGAGAAAUCGGACAUUCUGCCACUGCCAAGAGUGGGUUUCGCCACAAUGCCAUUUCACGGAAUGGAGUGGUUAAAAUGCCACCCACAAGAGAUGCCAAAUAUUUGUUUUGCCAUUUGGGCCAAUUAUUACCAUUUCCACCUAAUUUUGCACCCGGUCUGACCAAAAUGCCCUUAAGUCGGUUAUACCAAACUGAGUUGGUUGAGUCAUUCCGACGUCGGCGUCGGGAUGCGGCCGUGGUGCGCUGCGCAGAUAAUGGGGAGAACGAUGCGGGCGUGGAGCGGGUGGGUGACGACGACAAGGUUCUUCGGGCGCGUGGCAGCCUUCCCGCUCGCGUCGUGGUGACGGCGUCGGCAAGGUAGGUUGGAGCAUCGAGAUCGUCAUGCUCAAGUGUUUUUCCGCUUUGAUUUGCUUUGCUGAGUUCGUUUGAAACCGAUGUGUGUGCUUGCGCGUGCGUGCGCUGUGUUUGCAGGUCUUGAAGCGGAGGGGCACCAUCCUGCCCGUCGGCCGUUACGGCUCCGGUGGUGACGCGGCGAGAGUGCGCAGGGCGACCGCACCGGCGCCGGCGCCGACACAGGACGCCGCCUCCAGCAAGAACGGAGCGCUUCUCAGCUGCGGCGACGACGACACACCUGUCUCACGGAACGGAUCGGUCGUUACCAGCAUAGACAAACCUGCCACCGCCGCCGCCUCCACGCCGCUUGUGACCAUACCGAAGCUUCCAGCGCCGGACUCCCUCGUGAUCCUUCCAUCCGUAGACAGGCCGCAGCCAGAAUUCAUCAUCCCAGACGCGGCGUAUCUAGGAGCUCCAGCGCCGCCGCUCUCCUCUCCUUGCCGGUGGCCGCGAGUAGCGUCGACAGGGGCACGGCAGUGGCAAGGCUGUCACGCUGCGUGGCUAUCUCCCGUCGCGCCGCUCUCCUCCUCCUUGUCGGCUGCCGUCGCUCUCCUCCUCCUCGUCGGCGGCCGUUGGGCUAGGAGCUCCUGCGGGGUCUUCGCCAUCGGAUUUUUCUAGAGCGGGGGCAGUGAGGUUACCGACCCUUGCGUCGACGCAAAAGGAGGCAGGCGGCGGCGAGCACCCGGACGGCGACAGUCACUCGGAGGGGUAUUUUGGGAAGGCGAAGUGUGAAAAAUGAUGAAAAUCCUGUGAAAUGGUGAAUAUGGCAAAGCAGCGGUUUGGUAUUGGUUUAAAGUGGCAUUUUAACGACUCCAUUUCGUGGAAUGGCAUUACGCCGAAACCCACUCUUGGAAGUGUCAGAAUGUCCGAUUUCUCUUCUCAGACACAUCCCGGCGAGAGACGAGAGACGGCGCCACCGCCGCCGCCGCCGCCGCCGUGCUGGACUCCGGCUGGCCACCGCGCUCCGCUCGAGGCGUCCGCGAUGGCGUCCCCAGAGCCGUGCGCCGCCGCCGCCGCACCGGGAAGCGGGUUCGGAGCCGUGGACGGCGUCCUGCCCCCGGAGCUGCUGCUCGAGGUCCUGCUGCGCCUCCCCGCCAAGCCGAUCUGCCGCCUCCGCGCCGUCUGCCGCUCGUGGCUGUCCUUCACCACGGACCGGCUCUUCCUCGCCGCCUACGCCGCCGUCCACCCUCACCCGCUCCUCGCCGUCUUGGUUGACAGCUUCCCCAGUCGAUGCUGCGUUGAUCUCGUGGACCUGUCCGGCAACGUCGUCGAGGAGAUCCUCGGCGUGGGCGGCGAGUGCAGGGUGCUGACGGCGAGCUACGACCGUGUCCUCGUCGCCGGGGAGCACCACCGCGUCAGCGUGCUCGACCCCGCCACAGGAUCCGUCUCCGCCUUGCCCUUCGGCAUUGCAGAGGAUAUGGUGCGUCGCAACGGGAUGAGGCCAGCCUGGUUUGCAUUUGGUCAGACGAAUUCCACAGGAGAGUACAAACUACUCCGGAUUCUAGAGGACUUGGAGGAUGGAUAUGAGGCUGAUCCAGUGUGUGAGGUUUUCGCAAUCGGCGACAUGAAUGGACGGUGGAGGAAGAUGGAGAGUCCACCGGGGUAUCUUGAUCCGAGCUGCACCAAUGGAGUUGUCUUCGAAGGGGCUGCUUACUUCUUCUUGGAUCACUGGCAAAUGGAUCCCUCCUACUAUUUUGCUACGGGCUGCAUACCUUCCUUCGACCUUGCGACGGAGCAGUGGAGCACGGCUCUCCAAGGGCCAGUAAACAGAAUUCUUGAGGAAGCGAAUGGCACACUCAACUAUGCUGACCUUACCGAUCGUCUUAUGUUAGCCCAACUUGAAGGAACUUUGUGUACAGCACAUUUCAAUGAUCAAAUUUCUGCGGUGGACUUAUGGUUUCUAGUUGAUUUUGAGAAUGGUAUGUGGUCCAAAGAAUAUAGGAUAAAUGUUGAAUUUGCUUUUGAUGGUUUUGGAGAUGGUGUGCAACCUUUGCUUGUGACGGAUGAGGGAAAUGUGGUACUUUGGGUGCAGAUAGGAUCAAAAGGGAUGGUCUGGAUUUAUAAUCCAGUAACCAACACUUCCUCAGAGAUAGUUCAGACAAAGGCUAGUAUCUUUACUGGAGUAGGUGUAUAUACUGGAAAUCAAUUAUGUCCACAGAGUAUGUGACAAGAAAUGGAAGAAGUGCCAAAAGAAGAGGAGCAAAACCGAUGUCAGGACUGGUGUGAUUGCAUACUGGAGAAUUUGAGGCCGCUCCUGAAAACUAUAACACUCUUGGACAGGCUACUGUCGUGCAAGCUACUGGGGUGUUAUUUUUCUUGGUUCUGCAGAUGGUUCAGUUAUGCAGCUAGUGAAUAGUUUUUGGACCUGUGGGUUGUUCCAUGGUAUUUUCUACCUAAAACUGGAAUCCACAGUAUGCUGCUUUUAAUUAUUGUUUGUGAAUCUCUAAAGAAAUCCCUGUCCCCGUGUUGGCUUUCUUUCAAAGACGGAUCAUAAUGAUAUCGGUUCCAAAAAAAUGUUUUCGGUUCA